AUUGAACCUGGUCAUAAAUAUUUCAAAAUACUUUUUUGACCAUUGUUUUAUUUACAUUUUAUAUUUAUAAAUCAAUUUCUUUUCUCACCAUUUUAUCAAUUAAAAAAGUGACAAUAUUGCAAUUAAAAUCAUAAAAUAAAUAAAUCCACUAAAAUUUUAUCAUAGUAGAAGAGUAUCGCUAAAAAUGAUAAAGACUUGAACAUCCCUGAUUCGUAGAGCCCACAGAUCCUUUUGAAUUUCGUGGACACGUGGCAGCCCCACAUCAAAUGAAACGUAACUAUAUAUUCUCCUCUCCCGCUUUCAACAUUUUCGCAUUUCCAAUACUCGUUUUCAGCUCAACUCGGACUCUCCGUCACUCACUUAGCUCACUGUAACUCGUUCAUCUUGACUCAAUUCUACCGAGUCUUGAACUCCAUGGAUUCAUCUCGAGAUUUCGUCAAGUCCGUUAAUCGAAUUGUAGUCAAGGUUGGAACAGCUGUUGUUACCCGAAGUGAUGGAAGAUUAGCACUGGGUAGACUUGGAGCUCUAUGUGAGCAGCUGAAAGAACUAAACCUCCAAGGCUAUGAAGUUAUAUUGGUGACUUCAGGUGCUGUUGGGCUUGGGAGACAAAGACUUAGAUAUCGCAGAUUGUCUAAUAGCAGCUUUUCUGAUCUUCAAAAGCCACAAGGUGAACUUGAUGGAAAAGCUUGUGCGGCUGUUGGGCAGAGUAGUCUCAUGGCUCUUUAUGAUACUAUGUUUAGCCAGCUAGAUGUGACUUCUUCCCAACUUCUAGUGAACGAUGGGUUUUUUAGCGAUGCAGGUUUCAGAAAACAACUAUCAGAAACAGUUACCUCAUUAUUAGAUUGCAGGGUCAUCCCCAUUUUCAAUGAAAAUGAUGCUGUUAGUACUAGGAAGGCACCAUAUGAGCAUCGCGUGCAGGAUUCCACUGGUAUAUUUUGGGACAAUGACAGUUUGGCUGGUCUAUUAGCACUUGAACUUAAGGCUGAUCUUCUUGUUUUAUUAAGUGAUGUUGAGGGCCUUUAUAGCGGUCCUCCAAGUGACCCAAACUCGAAAUUAAUCCAUACGUAUAUAAAUGAGAAGCAUAAAAAAGAAGUUACUUUUGGAGACAAAUCAAGAUUGGGCAGAGGAGGUAUGACUGCUAAAGUCCGUGCUGCCGUUGGUGCUGCUAAUGCUGGUAUCCCUGUUAUUAUAAUUAGUGGCUAUGCCACAGACAACAUUAUACGAGUGCUUCAAGGGGAGAAAAUAGGUACCGUCUUUCAUAAAGAUGCACAUCUGUGGAAAAGCUUAAAGGAAGAGACUGCACAUGAAAUGGCAGUUGCAGCACGUAAUAGUUCUAGACGUCUUCAGGCCCUAAAAUCUGAAGAAAGGAGAGAAAUAUUGCUGGCCGUGGCCGAUGCAUUGGAGAAAAACCAAAAGUUGAUAAGGUUAGAGAAUGAUGCUGAUAUUGAUGAUGCGUCGGAAGCCGGAUAUGACAAGUCUCUGAUAUCACGUUUAACCCUGAAGCCUGAGAAGAUCUCUAGUCUUGCAAAGUCUGUGCGCGUGCUGGCAGAUAUGGAAGAACCAAUUGGCCAGAUUUUGAAGAGAACUGAGCUAGCAGAUGACCUCGUCUUGGAGAAAAUAUCUUGUCCUCUUGGUGUCCUCCUGGUUAUAUUCGAGUCUCGACCUGAUGCUCUUGUUCAGAUAGCAGCAUUGGCAAUUCGAAGUGGAAAUGGCUUAUUACUUAAAGGAGGAAAGGAAGCCCGAAGAUCAAAUGCAAUCUUACACAAGAUCAUCGCAUCAGUCAUGCCAGAUACAGUCAGUGGCAAACUUAUUGGGCUUGUCACUUCAAGAGAUGAAAUUCCAGAUCUACUCAAGCUUGAUGAUGUGAUAGAUCUUGUGGUCCCUAGAGGAAGUAAUAAGCUGGUUUCUCAAAUCAAGGAGUCAACAAGAAUCCCUGUUCUUGGUCAUGCUGAUGGAAUUUGUCAUAUAUAUGUUGACAAGUCUGCUAAUAUUGAUAUGGCAAAGCAUAUAGUUAGGGAUGCAAAGACUGAUUACCCUGCAGCCUGCAAUGCAUUGGAGACACUUCUUGUACACAAGGAUCUGUCAUCUAAUGGUGGACUUAAUGAGCUUAUCCUUGAACUCCAACGUGAAGGUGUUGAAUUGUAUGGUGGACCAAAAGCUAGUGCCAUGCUAAAUAUUUCUGAAGCGAGUUCCUUACAUCAUGAGUACAGCUCACUUGCAUGCACAAUUGAAAUUGUAGAUGACGUCUCGGCUGCCAUUAACCACAUAAAUAAACAUGGAAGUGCUCACACUGAAUGCAUUGUCACUGAAGACUCUGAAGUUGCUGAGACCUUCUUAUCUCAAGUUGAUAGUGCUGCUGUAUUCCACAAUGCAAGUACACGGUUUUGUGAUGGAGCACGCUUUGGGCUUGGGGCUGAGGUCGGAAUAAGUACAAGUCGAAUUCAUGCUAGAGGGCCUGUAGGCGUCGAGGGGUUGUUGACAGCCAAAUGGAUAUUGAGGGGGAGUGGACAGGUGGUCGAUGGCGAUCGAGGUGUCAAGUAUACUUUCAAAGAACAGCCACUGAAGGCAAAAUAAGUAAGCAGAACACUAGUUCAAGCUGAUAUGCUCGCCUCAUCAAAAUGCGUCUCUUAUCUGUUCUAUUUUGAUAAGUAGAAGUUUCCGAGAUGAUGUUCAUACAGAAUCUCUAUUACCACUUUUCAAAGCCUUUUUCUUAUCAAGGGGAAGAAAAUAAUAAUCAGGUUAAUAUUGUAGUAUGACUAUGCCAUUAGUAUUUCAUAAGAGAUCCCAUGUUUGUAAAACAUCAGUGCUGUGACACUUAUAAAUCUUUUCACUGCAUCCUAUUGAAGUUGAAAAACUGUGGAGGAGUGUUAUUCUCCCGGUUAUUUUAGAGAA